UUUUUAGUUUAGAAAAGUCAGUUCUGUUCAAAUUUUACGUAAAUCUUUCUCCUACAUAACCUCUGUUCGUGUGCGUGUGUGUUUGUGUUUAAACUGAACCAAAUAAAACAGAAAUAGACCGCAGCACGCUUUCAAAGCAAAUUCAAAUCAAGCAACAAGAACAGCAGCCGCGCAACCAGUAAACGGAUCUAUACAAAAUUGUAGAAAAAUAAAUAUGCAUAAUUGACAGUCGCAAAUGUUUCCCUCAAACAUUUUUGGCGGCCAAGUGUGAGCCAAUUGCGUGGACAUUGAUAAUGAAUUUGGCCAAAAUCGAUCCGAGCAAGUGAAUCAUUUGUGAUCCGCCUGAGACAAACAGAGACAUCAUGAAUCUAUAUACAAUAUACGAUUGGAUCACAUCAUUGCUCCGCACGAGCAGUGGCAGCGCGUUCUACAAGGCAAUCGAGGCGGCGCCGGAGGAGCCAGUCACCAAUCCAAAGCCCGCUGCUGGACAGCAGCAACAUAGCCAGGCGGCGGCAGCCAGCUGCAACUAUACCGUACAGAAUGUAGAUGUUGAGUUUAUACCAACAUUGAAUUUUGUCUUUCAAGCAUCGGAGAUCCACAAUAAAUCGGCAGACAGAGAGCACGAGCGACAGCAACAUGUUGCCGAGAGUGCUCCAACAGCAUGCGAUAAUAUUGAGAGCUCAGGCGCCAACUCUGAUGAUGAUAACGCAUCGACGCACACAUAUAUAAUCUCCAGAAGUAGCUUUACAGCUGUCACCAGCUCGAGCAGCACUCCCUACGCGGUCACAUCGACAGACACUGCCGAGCUACUAAGGCAGCAGAACAACCUGAGCCUCACCGAGAACGAUAACACGAUCUCUUCGUUCAGCAUCGAGCCGCCCACAAGCUCCAUUACCAUUGACAUGGCCGAGCAACAGCAACACACAGCGGCAACAACAACAAGUGAGGCAACAAGCAGCGGCCAUGUGGCACCAAGGAUAGCCACAGUGACCACAACAACAACCUCAAGCAGCAGCAUAGAAGAGGACAUUGAGGAAGCGAUUGAGAUAAGUGAGGUGGAGGAGCAACUGCACACGAACAUAGAUUCGCUUUCCGAGGCAGCUGGCUUUGCUCCUGCCACUACUAAACACGAGGACCCGCAAUUAGAACAAAGUGCCAAAUCCGAAAGCGACGAAGAGGCUGCAAAGUUCCGUAUUGAUGAUGCUCAACUGUCUGGUGGGCAGCUGGCCCAGCAUUUUCUGGUGGACGAAGAGGAAAGUGAUGAUGAUCAUGUUGAGCCAAGCAGCCCGAAAGAUCAAGCAACCACGACGGACGAUGAUGAUGACUUUGACAUUAGCCUUCCGUUGGAGCAGCGUAAGCCGGUGCACUCCCGUCACGAGGAUGACGUAGAUGCGGCGUCCCAUGGACAGGAUGAAGGGGAGAGUCUUAGCAAUCAAAGCACCACAGACGAUGUCUCUGACUUUGUAGAUGAGCCGCAACCGACAACGGAAUCGGCAUUAGAUGCCAAAAGCUUAGCUGAGCAGGAACAUGCCAGUACAAUGGCAUCUGCUAUGUCGGAGACUGCCGACCAUGAGUCGAAGCUGGAGGAGAGUGAGCUAGAAAUAGAUGCCGAGGCACCUAGCGAACAGGAUCACUCGAUGGAGGAAAUCGUAGCCACUAAUGAGUCUAUAGAAAUAACCUACGAUGCGGAAGAAGCAGCCGCCAGCCACUCGCUGCUGAGUGCAUCGCAAAAACUGGAAAUGGUUACCGAUUUAGAUCGGGCUAAAACACCAGAAGCACAUGCUGUGGAGCACUUGAAUCUGCCACAAAUACAAAUGCCUCAAAUAGUCGAGCACAAAUCCGCCAAGAUCCUGGAAACGCUGCAUCUGCAACCGGAGCCACUGGAUCUGAUUACUUCAGAUCUCGAUGACGACGAGGAUGAGGACGAGGAGUGCGAAAUGCAACUGUUGAAACUUCGUUUAAUGGCCAUGCCCCAGCAGACGCUUUCUGAUAGCGGGGCCAAAGGCUCGCCCACGGAGUCGCCAGCUUUACAGGAGGCUGGCGGCAGUGCUGGGAAUGUGGAGCUCAAACAGAUGGAACGUGUGCCGCUGACAGAGUUCAGCAAAGAUGUGCUCGAGGACAUUACCGAAGAGAGUGAACGCUUACUUUCCAUAAGCACCACAGCGGAUGAGCCGAAAUCUCUGUCCCUGGAGGAGUCAAAGACAUUACAGGAAGUCAGGCCAGGCAGCAAUACGAGUUUUGUGAGCUUGAACAUGUUAAAGCAGCUGGAGGCCAAGGUGCAAGACCUGCAUUCGCAGCUGGAGACCAAAGACAAUUGCCUGGCCUCCUUGAAUUUGCAACUUGAAGCGGCGCGUCGUGAGUCCAGUGCGGGUCCGGCAUCCGCUCGGGACAGCAGCUCGCUGGUAACUAACUCAACGGAGUAUCGCACAUUCCAAGAGGAGUUCGGUGCGCCGACACUUGACAUCUACGUGGAGCUGUCGCGGCGCGAUGAAAUAAUCGCAAAGCUUACGGAUUCACUGCAGCACUCUUUAAAUGUCCGGAGCCAGCUGCAGUCAGAUUCAGAAAGGCUUGGUGAGGAAGUGCAAGCCUUACGCAGGCAGCUGCAUGAUGCCAUCGACACAGUCAAACGGAGCGGUUGGCCUGACCAGCAGGCCAAUGCCGGACAGCGCAUCUCCGAAAUAUCCAUGGAUCUGAUCAGCGAAAGCGACGACGAUCUGGAACGUAACUUUCUCACCGACCACGAGGAUCGUGGAUCCCGCAGCUCACGUGAGCGGCAGCUUUCGGUGCCAAUCGAUGACCUGGGCGUGGAGCCGUUGCCUCCUGAGUGGCCGCCAGCUUUCAGCAAGCAAAUCGAACAGUUCCAAAAAUGUCUGCUGCCCGGCGAGCUGCGACCGUUUCUUUUGGUGCAGCGUAAAUUUGACGACUAUCUAGCGCAGCAGUUGGCGCAGUGCCGGGAUCAGUGCGCGCAAGAGAUCAAGAUCAGCCGUGAUCAGUGGGAGAACGAGAAAUUGGCAAGCGAGCAGGCCCAGCAUGUGGCACACACUAAACAAAUGGAGGAACUGCGCAAAUACUUUGAGGGCCGUUGUGCCGACCUAGAGAAACAGUUUUCUGAUGAUGUAUUCUCGCAUAAGUCCCAGCAUCUGGCAGGCGGCGACAGCUCCUCCGAGUGUUCGGAAGCAGAGCAGUUGCCCGAGGAAGCCGCCUCAAAGGAGCCGUCUCCGCGCAAGCGUAAACGCGCCGAGCUGCUGCUCAGUCCCAGCCACCGCCAAAUAACGCCCAGUGGACUGGAUUCCCUGGGCGAAACAGCGCCCACUUUAAAGGAAACUAAAGACAAUAUAUCGCAGGAAAUUGCGGACCUCAAAAUAUUCUAUCAAACGCACAUUCAUGAACUGAAGCGUUCCCACGCCGACCAGGUGCGCAAACUGACGGAACGUCUGAGAUUCUACGAGCGUCGUCAAGCAGAUGAUGACUAUUUGCCAACCCACAAUUCACCGCCUACCUGCCAAAAAGCCAGCCAAGAUACAUUGGAUGUGGGGCCAACAACGCCUGCUCAAAAUCCAAACAGUUCGCUGAUCAUUAUCGACGAGGAUGAGCUGAACCUGAAUAACGAAUCGCAGGUGAUACAGCGCAUCAUUGAGGAGUACGAGCGACGGCUGCAGGAGCAGCUGGCGCUGGCACGCCAGGACAUUGCCACCGAGCUAGAGCAGCAGAUACAGAGUUUGUUGUCGGAGAGCGCAGUCGACGACCAACAUUGGCCCAAGGAACUAAUACUGUUACGAGAGAAGUUUACGGCCAAGAGUCAAUUGGAGAUAACCCAGUUGAAUAUAAAACAUGCCGAAGAGAUGUCGCGCAUGAAAUUGGAAUAUGAGAAACAGCUCAACCGCAAGAACAAGCGGCAUCUGACGUUCGAUUCGGGACGGGACUUGGAGAUCAUUAUUAACGAGCGCGAUGGAUUGCGGCAACUAUCGAAGAGCUUCCGCAGCGUGCUCUCUCGCCUGGCCAAAUGUGUGGCCAAUUGCGAGGGCGACCUCAAUGCGACGCUCUCCGAGGAAAUGCAGCGCAUACUAACCCAGAGUCGCAGCCAGGAAGGGGGCGAGGAUGUGGAGCACACGCUGAGUAGCUCCUUGCUGCAGGGUUCGUUCAACAACACAAAACAUCUGCGCCUGGUGCCCGAUGUGCACAGUCUAUUGGAGGUGGUUGAGGAUCCCAGUCUAUUGCAGUUCAUCGACAGCAAAAAUAGCGAUGAUCAAAACGAUUACUUUGAUCUGGGCGAUUGCCUAGAGCGCUUGAAAUCGGAGGCCGCCUACUUGCUGCAGCUGUCCGAGGAUUUGGAUAGGCAGCGCGCCAACGAGUCUGUGGAGCGACAGGAUGAGCCAGAGAAACAGGAGCACGAAUUGUGCUGCGAAGCCGAGGACGGUCUGAAAACAACAGCGCCAGUGCCACCAACUCAGCAGCAGCUGCUCCAUGAGCUACUGCGCACCAGCUCGCUGAAUGAUCAGCAUCUGGGCGUGGCACAUCAGCGCAAGAGCAGCAAUGGCGCGCAGAUGAUCAAGCCGCUCAGCUCGCUGCCGCUUGAUCUGCAGCAAAAUGCGGGCAACGCCUCCGAGCUCAGUUUUCAGCUAGUGGAGCUAAAGAAUCGCCUGGUCAAAUCGGAAACGGAUCGACAGAAUCUGCAGCAGCAGCUAACGCAUACAAUAGAUCGUAAUGCCGAGUUGGGUCAGGAGCUGCAGGCGCUGCGCGAUCAGCUGUCGCAGUUGAACUCGCUGAACCAUACCGAUUAUGCCGAGGGCUACGGCCUUGGCGACAUUAAGAGCCCGCAAGCACUGGAUCAGUCGUCGGCUAGCUUUGUGCAACUCCAGGAGAAGGCACGUCAUUUGCUCACCUCGCCCACGCAACAGCAGUCGCAGGAGCAGGGCAAUGCAACAGUUAUAUUGCUCCAGAUGAUAGAGGACUUCUGCCGCGAGGGCGAUAAGGUGGUCGAAUCGGGCAAGAAGGACCGCGAGGAUCUGCAGUCACAGAUCGAUACCGCCGACAAACAGCUAAAGGCCACGCGGCAGUUCCUGGAAGAGCAGGCCGCCGAGCGCGAACAGGAACGCGAUGAGUUUCAGCGCGAGAUUGAGCACUUAAAAUCGCAGCUGCGCGACAAGGAAAAAGAGCGCAGCUCUUUUGCCAAUGCCUCUGAGGAGUAUGCUCAGCUGGAGACGCAAUUGCGCGAGAUGAGCCAACAGCUGUGCGAGUCGAAUGCCAAAGGGGACAAAUUGGAAGUGGAACUUAAGGCGUCCAUAGACAAGAUCUUUGUACUGCGCGAGAUUAUCUCCGAGCUGGAGACACAGGUGCAGACCAAGGCGCUAAACGAGCAGGUGCUGGACGAGAAGGCUAAGCAGCUGGAGGAUUAUGUCAAAGUACAAAUGUGCUCCAAUGAUGCGCUGCAACAGGAGGUGCACAGCUUGAAGACAGACAUAGGCGAGGGCUAUCAGACGCGCAUCCGCCAGCUGGAGGAAAAGCUGCAGCAGGGACUGCCCUCUGCCGAACAAAGCAUGGUGUUCAAUCAGGUGACAGAGCAGCUGCUUUUUAUUGAAACAACUUUGGAUCAGAAGACCAAGACACUGGAAUCGCUGCACAACUCCAACACGACCUCCAACUCGUGCAGCCUCAGCGCCACAGAGGAUGUGUCCGUCCACGGUGGCAACAAGCAGUCAACGGCAGCUCCCACAACCGAAGGCUCACCCAAACACUCGCUGACAGUGGAGGGGGUGCAGCGCGUGGUCGAGAAACUGGACAGGCAUACGCGGGUCGAGGAGGCUGCAAUCAAGCGCAUACGUGAUCUAGAAAUGCAAGUCACCCAGAUGCGCAGUGCCUGUGUGGAAUUGCAGCAUGAGCGGGACUCGUUGCAGGGUCGCAUCGAUGAGCAGACACAUCGCAUUUCGACGCUACAGAAGCGUCUGGAAGAGCAGCGCCAGCGAGCCGAGCAACUCCAUCGAGCGGGCACCUCCGAUCUCAACACUCGUGUUCACGAGCUUCAGAGCGAGGUGCGCAAUCUUGGCGAGCAGCUGUCGGCGCGCGAUAAACAAAUGGCCACCAUGCAGCAGCAGCUGCAGCGCAGCAAAGAUGAAAUAGUUCGCCUUGAGGCAGAGCUCGCUGCACGCGCUCAGCCGGACCGCAGUCUCGUUGAACGCUUGGAGGCGGAUGUGCAGCAGAAGGGCAAAGAGCUGCAAAAGCUCAAGGAGACGAUGCGCACUGAAAUGGUGAAUCGCCUAGCGCUGCCCGACCUAAUGGAAACUAUGCUGGCUGAUAAGAACGACGAGAUUGACCAUUUGCAGGCGCAAUUAGAAGCAAAGGAGCGCGAGUUGCAGGCGGCCAAGGAUGUCAGCCAGGCUUCCUCGCCGGCUGCCGGCAAGCAUGAUGCAAGUGCUAAGCACAGCGCUCGAACACUUAGCGAUAUUGGCUCGAUUACCGAAUUUCCUGAGCCGGAUGUCGAACGGCGGGCAGAGAAUCGCAGUCUCCAUGUGCCACUUCAGCUGCCCGAAGCUGCGGGCGGCUUCCUGCAUCAGACAAUGGAAACCUCAAAGGAAGCUGUCGCGAAUCUCACGUACAAGCGCACAGAUGACUUGAGUGGCUUUGUAAUGGCCCAUCCUGUCAACACGUUCGAGCACCCACACUAUUUCCAGGUGCCCAAUGCCCACGGGGUGACCGCUCAAAACAGCGGAGACCUGACACCGGGUUUGGUGCCUCGACAGAUCAAUUUCUCGAAUUUAACAGAGGACUCCAAGAUGAAGACGCCCAGCCUGCUUAUGCAGACUCCUGAGUUGCCCAAAGCGAUGGCGUCGCCGGAACUGCAGCAGCUAAGGCAAAAGCUAUCGGCACUGGAAGAGGAGAAGCAUCGACAAAAAACCGAACUAGAGUCGAAUCUUUUACAGUUGCAGGAGCAACUCUCCAAUGAGAAGCAGCAGGUGGAGAGGCAACAAAAGUUACUUCGGGACCACGAGGAGAGUGAGAAAAAAUAUAGGCUUCGCGUAGAUUCGCUGGAGGACAAAAUUCUGGAGACUGCCGCCCAGGGAGCGGCCGAUCGAGAAACGCUGCGAAGAGAGCUGAACUUAGUGAGUGCGGCGCAUGCACAAUGCGAGCAACAGCAUCGGGAUGCGGCAGCGGCCCGAAAGCGUGAAGUUGAGAUACUUAAUGCAGAGAUAAAGGCCAAGACGGAGCGCAAUCGAGAGCUGACAGAAACAUUGCAGGCCGCACAGCAGCGCAGUGAGGAGCUGCAGCAACAGGUGCACGCCUUGGAGCGUGAUCUGGAGCGACUGAGGAACAGCGAGCAAAGCUCCAAGCAGUAUUCGGUAGAUGAGAUCGCACAGCAAGUGGAAAAAGAGCUCAACUACUCGGCGCAGCUCGACUCGAAUAUACUCAAAGCGAUUGAAAGCGAAGAGGAAAACAAUUUGGACAAGUUGCACCAAAAAGAAGUGCAGACUGCUGCCAAUCCUGCCUCCGGAAAUGCAAACGGACACGGCACUGACGACGAGAACUACACCGGGGAACGCGAGCUGCUAAAUCAACUAGAGGCAGUCAGGGCUCAGUUGGCCGUGGAGCGGGAGCAGACAGAGACGCUGAGCAAAGAGCUUCUGGGCGAGAAACAGCAUUCGCAGGAAAUACAGGAACAGGAUGUGCUAAUCAUCGAGGCAAUGCGUAAGCGCCUGGAAGCCGUACUGGAGGCCGAAGACGACCUACACAAACAACUAGAUAUGGAGCGCGAGCGGUGCGACAGGCUACAAACGCAGCUUACCUCACUGCAGCGGGCCGAGAGUCGGCGUAGCAGCAUGCUAUUGAAGUCGCCCACAGACUCGCCGCGCAAAUCACCUCGCUCAGAUUUCGAGUCGGAGCUGUGCGACAGACUGCGCAGCGAACUAAAGUUGCUGACCGCCCAAAACGAGCGGGAGAGGGAGCGCUCGGCGGAUGCUCAACGCAGCAGCGAGCGUGAGCGCCAGCGCUAUGAAAAGGAGCUCCAGGAACGCGUGGCCUAUUGUGAGCGGCUCAAGCAGGAGAUGGAUAAGCUGGCACGCGACAAGGAAUCGGCCGAAAUGGAGCUGGAGCAUUUCAACGAACGCCUCACAUUGCAAGCCAAUGAAAUUGAGAGUCUGGAGGCGCGUAUGGUGACACUACAAGAAUCAGAGACGCGUCGCGCCAACACACGAGCUCGACAGCACCAGGAGCAGGCCAAACUUCAGGCAGAGAUUCACGAGCUUAAAUCAAAGCUACUGGCUGCUGAGUCCACUAAAGAAAACCUAGAGCAGAAGAUCAGCCAACUGCGCUUCGAUGUGGCCCGCUCGGCACAGCGUGAGUCGAAGUUGUCAGAGGCCUUGGUUCAGGCCAACGAUCGGCUGGCCCACAGCACGGAGGACACAGUGCCGGCACAGUUUCUGCAAAAGAUGAAGGAGAUCAACACACUGCUGGCGGAGAACACACAGGAGAAUCGACAGAUGGCCGAAACAGUGCAGUACCUGGUAGGCGAGCGCAUUGCACUGCAAAAGAAGUGCGAGGAGCUCGGCGGCAAUGGUACCGCACACGUCAGUGAGCUCGAGGAUCGCUGCCGACAGCUGCUGGGCCGAUAUCUGCGAGUCGAGAGUCAUCGCAAAGCACUCGUUUAUCAGAAGCGUUACCUCAAGCUUACGCUGGAGAGCUACCAGGCGAGUGAGCAACUGGCCCUGCAAAACAUGGCCGGUGGCAAACCGAACCAGCAGCGGCUCCCCAAAAAGAAACUCUUCAAGACUGUCGCACUGGCCAUUAUCGCCAUACAGCGCAUCAAGUACAUUGGCCGCAUUUGGCACACCGGCAAACGGAUUGUGAGCAAAUCGGUGUUUACCAUAACGCAGCAAAGAGCUGGCCCGUGUCUCAAUCUUAAUGUGCCGACGUCUCCACGGCCCGUGGCACAUCAGAAUGCUGCUAACUUGAACAGCAACUCGCCCACCAGCUCAAAUAACAUAGGACGUUUGAGUUAUGCGCCCGCCUCCCCGUCCCUCGCACCAGCUGUGAACUUCAGCAGCUUACAGCCCAUCGUGCUAGCCCACGACUACACCUUGCAGACACCAGCCCUUCUUAAUAAUAAUAACAACAAUAAUAACAACAACAAUAAGAAUGAAAGCGCCCUGCCCUCGCUGACAAGUCUGGACUGGCCGACAACAACACAAAAAGCAAAGCGCGUGCAUUCGCGACAUCAUUAGUAAAUGCAAUUGAAUAAUGGAAGCGUGCUCAAAAUAUUAGAUUGUUAAGAGAUCCCGUUCGUAAGACAGCCAUUAAUGAUAGUAGAUGUGUAUAACUGCGGCCUAUAUUAGUGUUAAUGUUAUAUUCCUGCUAACUGUACGUUUUAAAAUGUUGUCUAGUUAUGAACUACUUGUAAGUCCCUAGUUAAGAGCCAAAAAUCCUCACCAAACCCAACAAAAUACACGAAUGUUAAAGUUAAAGCAAGCAUGUACCCGUUAAUUAUUGAUUUAUAAUUUUAAACCCUUGUAGAUCUGAUCCUAUCUCAAUCCCAGUAUUUAUAUGUGUAAAACCUUUCGUUUAAUUAUCUACCUAAGUACUCGCCACUUGAACUACCUUAAUUACGUUUAGUUUAUGGACCUGUGCGACUGUCUUUGAUUGUUUUUAAGCUGAUUAAAGCUAACUUAUGCACAUUCUAAGGUAUCAGUUUUUUUUAUCAUUUGACUUUGUUCGUGUUUGGCAACUGAAACAUAUUUCGAAUGUGCCUUAGUUGUGCGAGAGGGGCUAAUUUAGCAUUUAAUGUUAAACUUGUAAGAACAUCCAUAAGAGAAGUUUUAAUAAAAAUAUGUUAAAUAACUAA